AUGUCUUUGGACACGGUGGACAAGCUGGUGGUGUUCUUGGCCAAGAGAGACGGAAUAGACAAGCUUGUGAAGACAUUCCAAUACGUCUCAAAGCUCGCCUGUUGGCACGUCGAAGCCACACGACCCGACGCGGCUGAGAGGUUCAAGAAGUGGGAGGUUGCGUCCGGUCUCAGCCGCAAAGCCUUCAGGUCCCCACACCUUUCUUAUCACUUUAUCUACACAGUGGCAUAA